AGAGGUUAUGCAUUCGCGAGUUGACGUCGGUGGUGCAGAAGCGAUUCAAGUUCAAGGAGGGCACGGUGGAGCUGUACGCCGAGAAGGUCGCCAACAAGGGCCUCUGCGCUGUCGCGCAGGCGGAAUCGCUGCGCUACAAGCUGCUCGGCGGGCUCGCCGUGCGCCGCGCGUGCUAUGGCGUGUUGCGCUUCAUCAUGGAGAGCAACGCCAAGGGCUGCGAGGUGAUAGUGAGCGGGAAGCUGCGCGCGCAGAGGGCCAAGGCGAUGAAGUUCAAGGACGGCUACAUGAUCUCGUCCGGUGGGCCCGUGCGCGACUACAUCGACUCCGCCGUGCGCCACGUCAUGCUGCGCCAGGGAGUGCUGGGCAUCAAGGUGAAGAUCAUGCUGUCGCACGAUGCCACUGGCAAGGCUGGUGUUGUCCGCCCUCUGCCCGACCAGGUUACCAUUCACACGCCCAAGGACGAGGACGAUGCUCUCUUCAAGCCUGUUAUUGGCAAGGAGGCUGAAGGCCUGGUUGUUCUAUCUCUUGCAUAA